AGGUGGAACGUUUGACACUUGCGCUUAUUGAUUUUGCUUUGCGCAAAAUUAAUUUUUAGAGAGUUUCUGCACCGUGUCCCCGUUCCCGGUGCUGGUGCGUAUCGGUUCUUCAUCGGUAUCAAUAUCGCCCCGAAGUGGCCACUGUUGAUUUGCCUGUAAUGCGUGCAUACUAAGGGCCUCGCGGAAGGUGGCCGUCACGACGUGAAUCAGUGAAGUGAUGAAAAUGAUGAGCUGUAAAUAGUGUUGUGUGGUGUGUUAAUCAUCGCCAUCCCGUGCGGGUUUAGUGCGGCUCUAGUCCCGGUAUACUAGUGCACAUUACACCUGCAACUUGCAAUACAAAUAUCUGUGGUUUUGUGCAGUCGUUUCGAGUGACAAAAAAGCGCAUCAGCGGUGUAAUCCAAGUGUGCGUGUGUGGCCAGUAAUCCGCAGAUUGUUUCCGUGGCCCCGGCUAGCAGCAGCAUGGAGAUAGUGCGGGCCGUUUCGGACGCGUUCUGGUCGACGAAAGUGUGGCUGCCACCGAACACCACCUGGGAUGAUAUCCGGCCGGGUGUGCGAUCGGACGUGAACCAUGCCGACUACCGGCACCUGAUCUAUCCGAUACCGAUAGCCGCGGUAAUAAUCGUGCUACGUUGGGCCGUGGAACGAUAUUGGAUUGCGCCGAUCGGUAAGGCGAUUGGCAUUAAGAGCACCGGACCAAAGCCACCGAGACCAAAUAAAGUCCUGGAAGCGGCAUACAAUGUCAACAGCCGGCUUAAUCACAAAACGAUCGUGCGGCUGCUGAAGCAGGUGGAUAUGACAGAGCGACAUAUCGAGUACUGGUGGAGACGUCGCCGGGCACAGGAUAAACCAACGACGCUGAUCAAGUUUUGCGAAACGUCCUGGCGGUGCAUCUACUACACGUACAGCUUCAUCUUCGGUUGCAUCGUCAUGUACGAUAAGCCGUGGCUCUGGGACAUCAAGCAUUGCUGGUACGGCUACCCGCACCAGUCGGUCACAAACGACAUCUGGUGGUACUACAUGGUCUCGAUGGCCUUCUACUGGUCGCUGACAUUCUCGCAGUUCUACGAUGUGAAGCGAAAAGAUUUCUGGCAGAUGUUUGCCCACCACAUGAUCACCAUACUGCUGAUGGCCCUGAGCUGGAUGUGCAACCUGCAUCGGGUCGGUUCGCUUGUGCUGUUGGUGCACGAUUGUGCCGACAUCUUCCUGGAGUCCGCAAAGCUAACGAAGUACGCACAGUAUCAGAAGGUGUGCGACACGAUCUUUGCCAUCUUCACCGUUGUGUGGAUCGUGACGCGAUUGAUUCUCUACCCGCGCAUCAUCUACAGUUCGUCUGUGGAGGCGCCACAGAUUCUACCAAUGUUCCCGGCGUACUACAUCUUCAACACGCUGCUAAUACUGUUGCUGGUACUGCACAUAUGCUGGACCUAUCUGAUUAUGCAGAUUGUGAAGAAGGCACUCAAAUCAGGCCAGAUGGAUGGUGACGUGCGGUCCGAUUCCAGCGACGAGAUAUCCGACAGUUCGGAAAAUUCUCGCCCACUCCAAUCGAACGGUGGAACACCCAAGAAACAGCCGGCCAAGAACGGAACGACAAAGGCGGGCAGUGUUGGUGCUUCCCCGAAGAAGAAACAAUAAAGUGGGUCGGCGCAAUACCAUUUUUACACAGGUUAGCAUGUACGUGACCACUCAUCACCUAGAAGCGCAUCACCUGUAAACGUACCAUAAACUAUAGGCUGCAAACAAAACAAAUUAUUCUGGGACCGGGGGGAGGGGAGUUUAGACGGUUAGACGAAACUGAUGUGAAAUCAAACAACCACAUUUCUACUGUACUGUUUGUGUUGUAUCUGCGCUAAAGCUAAAGCUGAUCAUCAUCUAAUAUUGCUGCUAUAACACAACCAUGAAUUCCUUUGUAAAAGAUGGAUUUCCCUAGAAGUGUAUAUCGAUAAAAUGGACAAAAGAGGAAUGAAAAUGUGUUGCCUCGUUUAAUUAAAAGAUAGUAAUAAUACCGGUGAUCGUCAUAUGGUGCAACAAAACCGGACGGUUCCAUAUAU